GAGAAGAAGCUUAGGACUUGCCGGCGUUUGUAGUAACAGGAUGAGAAAGUGCGAGACUUCCUGUUAUGUGUGUGUGACAGCAAGUGAUAAGUGGAGAGCCCGGCACAGGAAAUCCGCUCAGCUCCUGCAGUGUGACCUGCCCGAGACGUGGGAGCUCCUGCAGCCCAGACGUGGAUGGCAGGACAAAGGGGCGCCUGGGCCAUGGACGACGUGGUAGAGAAGAGCUUGGAAGGGCCCCUGGCACCGGUUACAGAGGAGCCCUCCCAGAAAAGGGGAGAUGCGGUGGAAAUCUUAAAUGAGGAGAGGGUGAAAUUUGAUGAUGCAGAACUCGCCUUAAUUCUUCAGAAUGGCUUGGAGACCCUGCGAAUAGAAAACGCUCUGACAGAUGUCAUCCUGUGUGUGGACAUCCAGGAAUUCUCCUGCCACCGCGUGGUGCUUGCCGCAGCCAGCAACUAUUUCAGGGCCAUGUUCUGCAGCGACUUAAAGGAGAAGUACGAGAGGAAGAUCGUUAUUAAAGGGGUCGACGCCGAGACCAUGCACACUCUCCUGGACUACACGUACACCAGCAAGGCGCUGAUCACCAAGCAGAACGUACAGCGGGUCCUGGAAGCUGCCAACCUCUUUCAGUUCCUGCGGAUGGUGGACGCCUGCGCCAGCUUCCUCACAGAAGCCUUGAACCCGGAGAACUGCGUGGGCAUCCUGAGGCUGGCAGACACGCACUCCCUGCACUCCCUGAAGAAGCAGGUGCAGAGCUACAUCAUCCAGAACUUCGUGCAGAUUCUGAACUCCGAGGAGUUCCUUGAACUUCCGGUGGACACUCUGUACCACGUCUUGAAGAGCGACGACCUGUAUGUGACGGAGGAGGCGCAGGUGUUCGAGACGGUGAUGAGCUGGGUGAGGCACAAGCAGUCGGAGCGGCUCUGCCUGCUGCCCUGCAUCCUGGAGAACGUGCGCCUGCCGCUCCUGGACCCGUGGUACUUUGUGGACGUGGUGGAGGCCGAUCCCCUCAUCAGGCAGUGCCCGGAGGUCUUCUCGCUGCUCCAGGAAGCCAGGAUGUACCACCUUUCUGGCAACGAGAUAAUUUCGGAGCGCACCAAGCCCAGGAUGCAUGAGUUCCAGUCUGAGGUGUUCAUGAUCAUCGGCGGCUGCACCAAGGACGAACGAUUUGUGGCAGAGGUAACCUGCCUGGACCCCCUGCGCCGCAGCCGCCUGGAGGUGGCCAAGCUCCCACUGACCGAGCAUGAGCUGGACAGUGAGAAUAAGAAGUGGGUGGAGUUUGCAUGCGUGACAUUAAAAAAUGAGGUCUACAUCUCAGGCGGCAAAGAAACCCAGCACGACGUUUGGAAAUACAACUCCUCGAUCAACAAGUGGAUUCAGAUCGAGUACCUCAACGUAGGCCGCUGGAGGCACAAGAUGGUGGUGGUGGGCGGCAAAGUCUUCGUCAUCGGCGGGUUCGACGGCUUGCAGAGGAUCAACAACGCGGAGACCUACGACCCCUUCCACAACUGCUGGUCCGAGGUCGCGCCCCUCCCCAUCCACGUCAGUUCCUUCGCAGCCACCAGCCACAGGAAGAAGCUCUAUGUGAUAGGGGGCGGGCCCAAUGGGAAACUAGCCACGGACAAGACCCAGUGCUAUGACCCUUCCACCAAUAAGUGGACUUUGAAGGCGGCCAUGCCUGUGGAGGCGAAAUGCAUCAAUGCAGCGAGUUUCCGGGACCGCAUCUAUGUUGUUGGCGGGGCCAUGAGGGCACUGUACGCCUACAGCCCCCUGGAGGACAGCUGGAGCCUGGUGACCCAGCUCAGCCAUGAACGGGCCAGCUGUGGCAUCGCGCCCUGCAACAACCGCCUGUACAUCACCGGCGGGCGGGAGGAGAAGAACCAGGUCAUCGCCACGGUGCUGUGCUGGGACCCGGAGACCCAGAAACUGACGGAGGAGUGCGUCCUGCCCCGGGGGGUGUCACACCACGGCAGCGUCACCAUUAGGAAGUCCUACACCCACAUCCGCAGGAUCGUGCCGGGAGCAGUGUCUGUGUGACUGCAGAGGGACCUGGAGGGCGGCCCCACCCGCCGCAUGUCCCGUUGGGGGUCUGCCUCAGGGUCAGCUGACGCUUGAGACCAGGAGUGUGUGCUCACCUACCUCAGGCGGGAAGGCGCAGAGGAGUGGUGGACGAAGUCAGGACAUGCCUGCCUGUGCCACAGGUCCUUUGCUUGGCAUCUUCCUACAUCUCUUUUAUCAACCCUGAUGAUGACCUGGUGGCUGGCAGUUGUCACUCCUGACUACAGAUGAGAAAUCGAAUUUUGGAGAGGUCGUGUGACCCUCCCCUGCUCGCUCAGCAAGUACGAAGCCAGGAGUCUGGACCCAGGUCUUCCCAUUUUGUCCGCAUCCUUCCUUCCAUACCGUCCAGCUAAGAGUGAGAAAACCAAAAACCAAGCUCAAACUCAACCCGGGUCUCGUUCUUCAGGAUUGGCAAAGGAUCCAUGCGGCGAGGUGUGACGGUGUUUCUUCUUCCCACCUUUCUCUUACCCUUUGUUUGUAAACUGUACAAAAUCCCUGGGGUCCGUCUUCUGGCUUCCUGUCUGGAGGACCUCAUAGACCCCUCCAGUGGGCAGGUCCCUGAAGAGGGGUCUGGGAAGGACUCUUUGCUUUGGAGGAGAUAAAAGCCUUGUAUUCUGCUCUUUGAAGCUCCUGCUUUUUCUGAUCUCAGAGUGGCCUGCCUUGGACUAGAUCUGUCCUCAGCAGACAAAAUCACCUUCGCCACAGCCCGGUGCCCUGGCCUUUUAAUGGCCAACGGUUGUAGUGUAAUGUAGAAAAGAGGUUUCCAGAGCCCUCAGCUACUGUUUUGUAAAAAUGUAAGCAUCUUAACAUUGCCAGCACCAGAGAAUUCCAGACUCUUUUUGACAGUGUUUUUUCUACUUAGGCAGUGAUUUGGGUCUGUGUUUUUGGAACCUCCUAGAACCUACUUUUUCAGGAUCCUUCAAAGCUCUCUUCCUUGGGUUUGGGGUCAUGUGGCUCGAUUUUGAUUCAGAGAACAGAAUCUGCCCUUCACUCUAAAGACAAGGACUUUCAAAUGAGCUCACUGGAAAUGCAUUCUAAUCCUGGGGGUGGAGAAACAGGUUAACAGAUCUUGUUUCACAUGCUGUAGUUAAAAACAUAGUAACUGCAUUAUGGAAGGUACUUUAUUUUCAUUGCAUGAUUUCAGUUCUCUUUUUAGAGCUUUAUUCAUGCCACAGGGGCAUAUUUUGCAUGUACUCCUCAGCAGUUUGGCAAGUUAGGGGUGUUAGGGCUGGCCUUGAAUUUAAUUUCAUUAAAAAAUUACGGUCAGAAGAACCUGAUGUUCAAAACAGAUUUUUAAAAUCUUGGAAAAUGACAAGUAAGUUUUCUGUUUAUGCCUAGAUUGUUGAGGAAAAAAAUACAAAUGCUUGUUACUAUGUCAAAUUCUCUGUCUUAACGUUGGUGGGACAGGUCAGCCCCCUGCCGGGAAAAGGAAGAUGGGACGAUCAAAAACGUAUUUGUAGACAUUCAGAACACACUAUCCUUUGCAAUGACCUUUGCAAUA